AUGGGCAACCCCGCCAACCGCGCUCUUCUGACUCCCUCGCCAUCCCCGCCAUCUGACGACCGGGUUGCUAAUCUGCCUAUCCGCACCAAGGAUGACCAAAACCCCCAAGCCCCCUCGCCCAACGCCAUGUUGGUCGAUACACCCGAGGAACACAUUGUCGAACCAAACGGCGUCGAUAAUGACGAGGUCGCAAUCAUCACCCCGGAGGCUGACGAGAAGGAGGCUCCCGUCCUUGCCACUGACUACAAAACCAUGAAAGAGCACGUCCUUCCAGCCCUAAUCGACGAACCCCCAAUCCUUGAGGACCAGGUUCACACGUGGGAGAUCAAGGGUUGGCGCAACCUCAACAAGAAGGAGCAUGGUCCCAUCUUCCAUGCUGGUGGCUUCCCAUGGCGGAUUCUUCUUUUCCCAUAUGGCAAUAAUGUUGACCAGUGCUCGAUAUACCUGGAACACGGCUUCGAAGCGGACGAGAUGCCCGAAAAAUGGAGCUGCUGCGUUCAGUUUGCGCUCGUGCUAUGGAAUCCUAACGACCCUUCCGUCUUUCACCACCAUUCCGCCCAUCACCGUUUCACCAAGGAAGAGAGCGAUUGGGGUUUUACACGGUUUCUGGAACUCCGGAGGCUGUUCAGUCAGCCUUAUGACGGUUCAAGCCGUCCUCUCGGCGAAAAUGAAAGCGUCAACAUUAGCGCCUAUGUCAGGAUUGUCGAGGAUGAAACAGGAGUUUUGUGGCACAACUUCAACAACUACGAUUCGAAGCAGGAGACAGGCUACGUCGGUCUCAAAAACCAGGGCGCCACUUGCUAUUUGAACUCACUCUUACAGUCGCUCUAUUUCACCAAUGCUUUCCGCAAGAUUAUCUACCAAAUUCCUACCGAGCAAGACGAGAGCAUGAUGAACAGCGCCUAUACUCUACAACGACUCUUUUAUCAGUUGCAAACAUCAAAUACUGCCGUGGCUACCAGUGAGCUUACCAAGUCUUUUGGAUGGGAGACUCGUCAUAUUUUUGAACAGCAAGACGUCCAGGAGCUCUCGCGGAAAUUGAUGGAACGCAUGGAGGAGAAGAUGAAGGGCACACCACACGAGAAAGCCCUGGCACAGAUGUUCAGCGGCAAGAUCAAAACCUUCAUCUCCUGCAUCAACGUUCCGUACGAAUCCAGUCGAGUUGAAGAUUUCUGGGACGUCCAACUUAACGUCAGCGGCAAUAAGAAUCUGCUGGAGAGUUUCCAGGACUACAUCCAGGUGGAAAAAUUGGACGGUGAAAACCAGUACUAUGCUGGCGACGAGUACAAACUUCAGGAUGCCAACAAGGGCGUCAUCUUCCAGAGCUUUCCCGAUGUUCUGCAUUUGCAGUUGAAACGCUUCGAAUACGACAUUCAGCGCGACACGAUGAUGAAGAUCAAUGCUCGCUACGAGUUUCCCGAGGAGUUCGAUGCCGCUCCCUUCCUCGAGAAAGACGCCGAUCGAUCGGAACCUUGGGAAUACGAGCUUCAUGGUGUGCUGGUACACAGUGGGGACCUUAACACCGGCCACUAUUACGCUUUCCUGAAGCCCACCAAGGACGGAAAUUGGUACAAGUACGACGAUGACAAAGUCACCAAGGCCAGGAAGCUUGAGGUCCUGGAAGACAACUUUGGCGGUCCUUUCCGGUUGCCGAAUGGACAAAUUAGGACUUUACCUCAAAAGAAGACACCAAUCAUGCGUCCCAAUAGCGCUUACAUGCUCGUGUAUAUCCGCAAGUCCCGAAUCGACCAGAUCCUUACCCAGGUUACCGAAGAGGACACACCUCCACAUCUCCGCAACAGGUUCGCAGAGGAGCUGGCUGCUCGUGAAGCCCGACGCAAGGAGAGGGAGGAACAACACCUUUAUAUAGGGGUAAAGGUCGUCACCGAAGCGACGUUCCAGGAGCACGGCGGUACCGAUCUGACCUACUUCGACACGACUCCUGACCAAGAUCCCGGGGCACCGAUUUACUAUCGUGUUCUUCGCCAGGAUACCAUGGAGCAGUUGGUCGCUAAAAUUGCAGCAGACCUUGGACAAGAUCCUAAACGGGUCCGGUUGUGGAUAAUGGUGAAUCGCCAGAACAAGACAGUUCGCCCGGACGUUCCUAUUAUGGAUCUUGCGCUUACAGUGGAGGAAACCUACUCCAAGGCUACUGCCCAACGGGAUGAGUCUUUACGUGUGUGGGCAGAAGUGGCUGAGGAGGUCAACGCGGACGGUGAACCCAUCUGGCCAUCGCAUCAGGCACAAGCUAAUGGCGCGAUUGUGAAGGAUAACAUCUUGUUGUUCCUAAAAUGGUUUGACGUGGAGAGCCAAACAUUGAGGGGCGUUGGGCAUGUCUACGUGAGGUUGGACAAGAAGGUCGAGGAUCUGGUUCCUGUGAUUCUGAAGAAAAUGGGCUGGGGCGAAAAGGUCCCCAGUGGAGAGAAGAUUCAGCUGUGGGAGGAGAUCAAGCCAACGAUGGUGGAACCGCUACGAGGCAAGGAAACUCUUAAGACCGAGGAGUUGCAGGACGGAGACAUCAUCUGCUUCCAGCGAACCCAUGUGCACAAGUCAAGACUUGGUCUUGGCGAGAGCAAGCCUUCUGAAGACGCUAAAUCCUCGGACAAGCUGACGGAUGCUAGGGAGUAUUACGACUUCUUGUACCACCGCAAGGUCGUAAGAUUCUGCCCUCACCCCCAAAAAGCUGAUGUUCAGCAGUACCCACAGUUCGAGCUUGUCUUGAGUUCCAAGAUGAGCUAUGACAAACUAUCGGAGAAGGUUGGAGAGCACAUAGGUGUCGAGCCUACUCAUAUUCGGUUCUAUACCAUCAAUGGUGCAAAUGGCAAUCCCAGGACGGCAGUCAAGAAGCUAUCCAACCAAACGGUAGAGAGGAUUCUUACCCCGCCGGGAUACGGGCAGAUGAACCUCAAUCAACUAUCAGACGCACUUUACUACGAAGUUCUCGACAUUAGUCUUGCCGAGCUAGACACCAAGAAGAGCCUCAAGGUCACUUGGCUCAGCGAGGGCAUCACAAAAGAGGACCAAUACGAUCUUCUUGUAACGAAGAGUGGUGUGGUUGAGGACCUGAUCGAGACAUUGGUCAAGAAGGCCAAGAUUCCUAGCGAGGAGGAGGCCGGCCAAAUCCGGGUAUAUGAAGUCAGCAACAACAAGUGGUACAGAGAUCUCGACAGAAACUAUCCUGUUAUCUCUAUUAACGAGUACACCACCGUUGUGGCUGAACGGAAACCCGAGGAGGAGAUUGGUGUUACUGAUCCUAACCAGUAUAUAACCGUCUUCCACUUCCAAAACGAACCGAGCAGGGCUCACGGCAUGUCGUUCAGAUUCUUGAUCAAAGAGGGCGAGCCAUUUUCGGAGACGAAGAAGCGGCUCGAAAAGAGAUUGGGAAUCAAGGGCAAGAGCUUCGAGAAGAUCAAGUUCGCUGUGGUUAGGAGGGCUCAGUUCUCACGACCCAUCUAUCUCCAAGACGACGACAUCCUGUAUGAGAAGGCCGAAAAAGAAGACUACCUUGGCCUGGACCACGUUGAUCGGUCAAGGUCGGCGCGAAAUGGCGGUGGUGACUUGUUCCUCAAGGGAUAA